UGCGGCAAUAGAGGGCGCUGUUGGAGCUACCGCGGAGCAUUUUGGGAAAAAAAAAAAGAUUGACGUGUAGGAUUAAAAUCGACAGGCGCGCUGACCAGAGACCGACUUAUUAUUUUUUUUGGCCUAAUGGGGUUUAAACAUUAACAUGUGGCAGAGUAUGUAUGUCAGUCCAUCAAUUUUAAUCAAGGCUGUCUGUUUGUAAUCAGUAAUUAGUGAAGUGAACCUCCCCCUAAAAAAAGGAGCACAGUUUUAUAUAGUGGAUGGCAAACAUCAGAUCCCUGCUUUUCACUUUGUGUCUGACAACAUGUACUGAGGAGGUUUAGUGUCAGAUCUGUGCACUGCAGUAACAAGUCAAUUGGGAAGAGAUUUAACUUCUUUAUAUUCAACCAGUUUUUUUGAAAUCAUGGAGUUCUUUGAAGCGUUGUUCACUAUAGUCUUGUGUGUAUUAAUGGUUGCCAUCAUCGUAAGCAACACGUUUUGUAUCAUCGUCCUGUGGAAAGUGAGGUCCAUCAUCAAUGAAGCCCCACAGGUUCUCAUGACGUCGUUGAGCUUGGCUGACUUACUGAAUGGCCUCAUCUGUGUGUUGCCCAUGUUUCUGGUGUACCUUUUUGAAAUUUCAGACUCGGGAAGGCAAAACUCAGAUGCUUGUAGAUUCCAGGCGUUUCUUUUACAGAUAAUUCAAGUCGUAAAAGUGACGUCGCUGUUGGCCCUCAAUUUCGAUCGGUACAUUGCCGUGACUAGGGCCUUGCGUUACCACAAUAUCGUCACGGUGAAACGAGUUUACAUUGGGGUAGCGGCACUUUGGAUUCUAUCACUUGUUUCAUCACUCAUUUAUGCUAGCGCGGUGGACUGGAAAACCUCCAACGUCGACAACAUGAAGGGCUCGAAUACCUACAACAUCGACAACGUUAAGGUGUGUGUGUUUCAACUGAACCUGGCUAAUGCUCUACAUUGGUUGGAUCUGAUUGUUCUUGUCAUCCUCCCACUGAUUGUAACUGUAGUGAUAUACAUCCGGCUAUCAACAUUAGCCCGACAUCAUGCAGCUCAGAUUGGAGUGGUUGCUAAUGGAGAUGCUAAUGGAGACGGUAACCAUGACAACCAGCAACGCCUUGCUCUGCAGAACCAAGCGCAAAAGGCCUCCAAGACAACCCGUGUGAUGACUCUAGUCUUUGCCGUGACCUGCACCCCUUUCGUCCUGGCUAAAUUGGUGGCUACGUACAUGUACGCUAAUAACGUAGCUUUUUUACUGAACACUUUUUUAGUUGUUUCGUUUUGUAGCGGCCUCUGCAACAUCGUUGUGUACUUUUGCAGAAACGGCGUCGUCCGCGCUGCUAGCAAAGCCAUGCUACGGAAGAGACUGUUGCCGUGCCAACAGAUCCUCCUGAGUUGGUUCACUCGAGCUCGGCAGUUCUUUUCGCGGAUUUGCACAAGAAACAACCAACGUGCCAGUCAGCUUGACCCCGAAGUUCAAAACGCAGCCGUGCCAUCACUGCAAUCCAAUGAUAACCGAGAAGGUUCUCAUUUUUAACAGAACAGCAGAGAAUCCCAAAUGACAGUCA